AUGAACGGCAGCGUUUCACAUGGAGAUGGAGAUGGGGUGAUUCUGUGUAUCGACCCCCGGCUGAUCAUGUUACCCUUGAAUGGAGCGGUCCCCACGCCGAACUUCGUGGACCUGAAUGACUGUAGUACUGUCGAUGCGAACGGCUCGGCCCGUUCUCCAUCUGUCGUCGAGUCACUAUCCACUUCUUCCGGCUUCUCGUCGUACGCCGGAAGCUCGGCCAAUAGUCCCUCUAGGGACGUCGGGUUCACCUCUCAAGAGCUGGAGCAACCCGAAUUUCAUGUGGCACACGUGCCCACCGCCCCGAGCGCUGGUGACACUAUGCACAACAUGGUAGCCACCGGCCACCACGGGACUCUCGAAGUGACGCCUGUGUCUUGGGACAUGGGGAACCCCAUGUCAUCCAAUGAGAUUGCUCUCCAGAACGACUUCUUCGAGACGCUCAACCAAAUGCAGUUCGAUACGAGCCAGGGCCAAGACUUCGGCCUCAACACCAUGCCUUCUAUCCCCAACCCCUCAGCGAUCAUGAUGCAGCGCAACGUCAAUCCCAGCUCCGAGACAUAG